CAGGUACUGCUCGUACAGAUUGCCGUACCGUCUCGUACGGACGUGCCAGAGUACCAGAAGCUGCGCAGCAUGGUUCAUGAGAUCGUUGGUCGCAUCAACGGUCAGUACGGCACUCUGACGUACGUUCCCAUCUUCCAUUUGGACACCUCCCUGUCCUUCACGGAGUUGUGUGCUCUGUACGCCGUGACCGAUGUGGCUCUGGUGACUUCGCUGAGGGAUGGAAUGAACCUGGUCAGCUACGAGUACGUGGCUUGCCAAUCGGACAACGCGGGGGUGCUGGUGCUAUCGGAGUUCGCGGGAGCGGCACAAAGUUUGGGCGCCGGCGCGCUGCUGGUGAACCCUUGGAAUAUCUCCGACGUGGCCCAGGCCAUCUACGACGCCCUGUCCAUAAGCGAGGAGGAGCGCCGGGAGAGACACCGGCAGAACUACAUGCACGUGCAGACCCACACAGCCCAGCACUGGGCCGAUACUUUCAUCACGGAGCUCAACGACACCCACAUCGAGGCCGAUCUGAGGAUGAGGCACACACCCCCGCCGCUUGAUGUCCAGGAGGUGGUUCGGGCCUACCAGAGCAGCAAGAGAAGACUUGUCGUACUGGGUUACAACGCCACGUUGACCACCAGUGUGGAGGCGCCCAGGUGGGGGCGGGGGAGACGGCAGUUCGAGCAGGUCAAGGCCCUGGCCAAAGUCAACCCCCGAGUCAUGCAGUCCGUGUGUGCCCUGUGCACGGACCCUGCCAACGUGGUGGUCAUCUUUAGUGGCUCCGAAACCUCUAAAUUGGAUGAGAUAUUCGGCCACUUGCCCGUGUGGCUGGCUGCGGAGAACGGUGUGUUUUUCCCCCUCCCUUUCUCCCUCCCUCGUUAUCCACCUCCUCUUUCUCUCUCUCUCUGUGUCCCCACGGCCCCCAUGUGCGUACAUAUAUACAUGUACAUACGUACGCACAUACAUACAUGCAUACGUACAGAUGUUGAGUUUGGUCGCAUCCAGGCUCGUGACCUGCUACAGCACCUGUGGACCGGACCCAUUAGUAACGCCCCCGUGGAGAUCAUCCAGGGAGGGAAGAGCGUGGAGGUUCGUCCCGUUGGCGUAACCAAGGGCCUGGCCAUGCAGCGCCUGGUGGGCCUUAUCGCGGCGGAGGGGGGCAUUGAGGCGGCUGCCUUUGACAUGGUGCUGUGCAUCGGGCAUCUGCUGGGGCGAGAUGAGAACCUGUUUUCCUUGUUCGAG